CAUGUGUGUUGUAUCAAAGCAUUCAACAGACUCACCAAGUCUUGAGCAGUCUUAAACAGACAACCAAAGACCAGUUUAACUCUGACUUUACCACAAUAAACAGCCAUCAAUUAUUUUUGGCUUAAAAUUAUUGUGGUUUUAUAUUAUUUAUUAACAAAAGAAAAAAAAAACAUUUAAACUUGAUUUUUUUUAUUAGCUAUUACUAUGAGCAUAGUUUGUCGUAGUAAAAUAUCAUUUUAAUUAUAUUUUUUGAUAAUUAAUUAUUAAAUAUAAAAAUUAUUUAUUUAAAUAAACUGAAAUGGAGGUUCCAGGAUCAACUGGAGCAACUUCAAUUGAGUUAAAAACAAGAAGAGCACAAUUUCAAACACAAGCAUCAACACUUGAUACAAGAAGAAGACAAGCUGUUUGUGUUAGACGUGCAUUUAAAAAAUAUGGACCAAAAAGUAAUCCAAAUAUAAUACUUGAUGGUUUGAAUAUGACUGUACCCAAAGGUACCAUAUAUGGUCUAUUGGGUGCAAGUGGUUGUGGUAAAACAACACUAUUAUCAUGUAUUGUUGGUCGUCGUCGUCUUGAUGACGGUGAAAUAUGGGUCCUGGGUGGUAAACCUGGUUCAAAAGGUUCUGGUGUACCUGGACCUCGAGUUGGUUAUAUGCCACAAGAAAUAGCUCUCUAUGGUGAAUUUUCAAUUCGUGAAACAUUUAUAUAUUUUGGCUGGUGUGCUGGCAUGACAACAACUCAAGUUGAUGAAAAACUUGAUUUUUUAUUAAAAUUAUUAGAUUUACCAAAUGAAAAUCGUUUUGUUAAAAAUUUAUCUGGUGGACAACAAAGAAGAGUAUCAAUUGCAGCAACAUUAUUAGCUGAUCCAGAAUUAUUAAUAUUAGAUGAACCAACAGUUGGUGUUGAUCCAGUAUUACGUCAAAGUAUAUGGGAUCAUCUUGUACAAAUAACAAAAGAUGGUAAUAAAACAAUAAUUGUUACAACUCAUUAUAUUGAAGAAACAAGACAAGCUGGUAUGAUUGGUUUAAUGAGAAGUGGUAGAUUUUUAGCUGAAGAAUCACCAAGUAGAUUAAUGGAAAUGCAUCGUUUAGAUACACUUGAAGAAGUAUUUCUUAAAUUAUCAAAACGACAAAAUAUGGGAUUACGACGUAGAAGUUCAAUAUUAAGUAGUGUUACUGGUGUUGUACCUGAUUUUGAUGUUGAAGAUGAAAUGAGUGGUGAAUUUGGUGAUAAUGUAUCAAUAUCAAGUAGAAGAAGAAGUAUUGCACCAGCUACAGAUACAACAGAUAAUUUACCAGAACUACCACCAGAAGAAAAAGGUACAACAAAUUUUAAAAUGUUAAAUCCACAACAUAUGAAAGCAAUAAUAUGGAAAAAUUUUUUAUGGAUGUGGAGAAAUGUUGGUAUUAUGUUAUUUAUUAUUGGUCUUCCAGUUGUACAAAUAAUAUUAUUUUGUUUAUCAAUUGGUAAAGAUCCAGUUGGUUUAAAUAUUGCAAUUGUUAAUCAUGAAUUAAAUAAUAGUAUGGAAACAUGUGUACCAACAAUUGGUUGUGAUAUUAAUAUGUUAUCUUGUCGUUAUCUUCAACAUUUAAAAAAACGUAAAGUUGAAUAUUCACAUUAUGAUAAUGAGGAUGAAUCAAAACAUGCUGUUGAAAAAGGAUGGUCAUGGGCAGCUAUAUCAUUUUCUAAAAAUUAUUCAGAAUCAUUAUUUGCAAGAAUAAAUAAAGGAAGAUUUGCUGAUGAAGCUGAUAUUAUUUAUGGAGACAUGGAUGUCGUUAUGGAUAUGUCAAAUCAACAAAUUGGACAAUUAUUACAACGUGAUUUACUUUAUUCAUAUCAAGAUUUUGCUAGAGACGUAACAGUUGCUUGUAAUUUAAGUGCAAAAUUGACUGCCAUUCCUGUAGCAUUUCAAACACCAAUUUAUGGUCCAACAGCACCAAAUUUUACUGACUUUGCAGCACCAGGAAUAAUUUUAACAAUAAUAUUUUUUCUAUCAGUGGCAUUGACAUCUGGUGCAAUGUUACUAGAACGUAAUGAGGGUCUACUUGAAAGAAGUCUCGUGUCUGGUAUUACCGGAACUGAAGUAUUAUUUGGUCAAGUUGUUACACAAUUUACUGUUAUGACUGGACAAACAAUGAUGGUUCUUAUAUUUACAUUUGCAAUAUUUAAAUUGACAUGUGAAGGUGACAUUGUACUUGUUACAAUAUUAACAAUAUUAACUGGUCUUUGUGGUAUGUGUUUUGGUUUUGUUGUUGCAUGUAGUUGUGAAAAUGAAAGAAGUGCCACUUAUAUGGCUAUGGGAAGUUUUUUACCAAUUGUUAUGCUUUGUGGUAUAAUAUGGCCAGUUGAAGGAAUGCAUCCAAUUUUGCGAGCAAUUAGUUUUUUUUUACCGCUUACUAAAAGUACUGAAUCAAUUCGUGCUAUGUUAGCAAGAGGAUGGGGAAUGAGUGAACCAGCUGUUUAUGAAGGUUUUAUUUCAACUUUUGUUUGGAUUAUUGUCUUUCAAACAGUUGCCAUUUUGUUAAUUAAAUUUAAAAAAGGAUAAUUAUUUGUUUUUUUUUUAUAUCCUCAAAAUUAUUAUUAUAUUUUUUUUUUUUUUCAAUUAAAAUUUAUUAAACUUACAGUAUUUUUUUUAUAAUAAAAUUUAUUUCAUAAAUUGAAAAUUUUUUAUUUUAAAUACACAAUUUUAUUCGAAAUACAAAAAUUUUUCGAUCGAAAUUUUUUUACAGGUGCAAGUUUAAUUGACAUAAAUAUAAAUACCUCAGCUUGAGUUAUUUUUUUUUUGUACAGUAGAAUAAUUUUAUUUACUACUUUGACGUACAAGCUCAUAAAAUAAAAAAUCAAAAAUAAAAAAAAAAAUAUAUUAGUUAUAAAUUAUAAUUAAUUUACAUGUGUUUUUAAUUAUUAUUAGUCAGGCUGUAAUAUUGAAGGAAAAUUUAAUCUGUUAUAAAAAAAUAAAUUUGAAAAAUCUUUUCUUUUUUUUUUUUAAAUUAUAUAAAUAUAUAUAAAAUUGUAAUUAAAAUUAUUCCAUGUGGAAUACAACAAGUUUAUCGAAAUUUAUUGUUACAAGAAAAUUUAUACUAUACAAGAUGUAGAAAAUAAAAAAACAACAAGUGUUAAAAUCUA